CGGCAUCCGCCGCUUUCUCCGUCCGUCAUCGCGGUGCGCCGGCGGGGCGGAGCGGGCGGCAUGGCGGCGGGCGGCGCGGAGCGGUACUUUACGCGCUGGUACAAGCCAGACGUGAAGGGGCGGCCGUGCGAGGACUUCUGCGUGCUGCAGCACUCCAACAGAAUCUGUGUCAUCACCUUGGCAGAAGCCCAUCCUCUUCUUCAAAGUGGAAAAACAAUUAAAAGCAUUAAUUACCAAAUCAGUGCCAACUGUAGCAGACUCCAGAAUAAGGUCUCUGGGAAGUCAAAAAGGGGAGCUCAGUUUUUAACAGAACUCGCCCCUCUGUGCAGGAUAUCUUCAUCAGAUGGAGAGGAAUACACCAUUUACAGUUGUAUUCGAGGGCGGCUGAUAGAAGUGAAUGAAAACAUUCUUAGCAAUCCCGCUAUUCUGCAAGAAAAGCCAUCAACCGAGGGAUACAUCGCAGUGGUUCUACCCAAAUUUGAAGAAAGCAAGAGUAUAACUCAAGGACUUCUGACGCAGAAGGAGUACGAGGAAGUUUUGUUGAAACGUCUUAAUUCUUCUUCAUGAAAUUAAUUAUACAGUUAUCUGUAUUUGAUACUAAAUAAGCCACUUCUAUUGUACACUGUAACUUUCAUGGUAUUGAAAGGCCUAGAGCCUGUUUUUAAAAGUGGAACUUAAACACUUGAUCCGUACAAGAAUAAACCAGUUCAAAUAGUUUGUAUAUUAAAA